AUGUGCGAGGAUGCAAUACAACAUAUGUGCCGAGAAGCUCCUCAUGUUGUUCGCGAAUUAGAGUCUUAUGGUCUUCCUUUCUCAAGGACUAAAGACGGAAAAAUCUAUCAGGCAAGGAGAGCAUUUGGUGGUCAAUCUCUUAACUAUGGAAAGGGAGGACAGGCUUAUCGUUGUGCUGCAGCAGCAGACAGAACAGAGGAUGGAUCUAUUCAUAGAUUCGCUACUAAUCAUACGGUACUCGCUACUGGAGGGUACGGUCGAGCAUACCAGAGUUGUACAUCAGCACAUACAUGUACAGGAGAUGGAGGAGGGAUGGCGGCAAGGGCUGGGGUUUGUCUACAAGAUUUAGAGUUUGUUCAAUUCCAUCCAACUGGAAUUUUUCCUGCAGGCUGCCUGAUUACGGAAGGAUGCAGAGGAGAAGGAGGUAUCCUACGUAACAGCGAGGGAGAGCCUUUUAUGGCUCGAUAUGCCCCCACGGCAAAAGAUUUGGCGAGUCGCGAUGUCGUCUCUCGUUCUAUGACUAUUGAAAUCCGUGAAGGUCGUGGCUGUGGUCCAAACCGCGAUCAUUGCCAUUUAGAUCUAACACAUCUUUUGCCACAAACCCUCAAGACUAGAUUACCAGGAAUCAUGGAGACUGCUAAGAUAUUUGCAGGAAUAGAUGUAACAAAACAGCCAAUUCCUGUCCUUCCUACUGUACAUUAUAACAUGGGAGGAAUUCCAACAAAUUGGCGAGCAGAAGUUCUUCAUUGUGUUAAAGGAAAUGGUCGUAUGGCUAGUGAGGAAGUAUUAGAGGGUUUAUAUGCUGCUGGUGAAGGUGCAUCUGCCUCUGUUCAUGGCGCAAAUAGAUUAGGAGCUAAUUCUUUAUUAGAUAUACUUGUAUUUGGUAAACAAACUGCAAAUGUAAUUGCAGAAAAAAUACAAAAAUUAUUUCGUACAGGAGAGGUUUUAUCCGAAGGAAUAAAAAAAUUAAAAAAAAUAAAAAAUGAAUUUGCUGAUGUACUCAUCACGGAUAAAUCUAAGGCAUGGAACACGGACCUAGUGGAGGCAUUAGAGUUAGAGAAUUUAUUAACACAAGCAAUGAUGACAAUUAUUAGUGCAGAGGCGCGCAAAGAAAGCAGAGGAGCGCAUGCAAGAGAAGACUAUAAAGAGCGUAACGAUAAGGAUUGGAUGGUUCAUUCGCUCGCCUUCCAGAAGGGAAGAGAAAUCGAGACAGCUGAGUACACACCGAGCUCAGUUCCCCAUGCAUCGAUGACGGACGACACAGCAGCAGCUGCUGCUGCAGCAGCAGCUGCUGCGGAUGCUGCAGCAGCUGCUGCGGAUGCUGCAGAUGCAGCUGAUGCUGCAGCAGCAGGUGGUGCUGAUAGUGCUGCAGCAUCAACAGAAGAGGCAGCAGCACCCAAAUGGGAAAGUUUUGCUGCUGCUGCUGCUGCUGCGCAUGCAGAUGGUGGUAAGAUAAUAUACUUUGAUGUAAAGAAGAGCCAAACUCUUAAAGACAAGAGCAGCGCAGCAGCAGCAGCAGCAGCUGCUGCUGCUGCUGAUGAUGAUGAUGAUGAUGCAGCAGCUGCUGCUGUUGCUGCAGACAGUACUCCUGCAGCAGCUGAUGGAGGAACAAGAGGAAAAGAGGAAGCAGCAACAGGUAUAUCUGCAGCAGCAGCAGCAGAGGAAGUUGGAGCAGGAACAGCAACAGGUUUAUCAGCAGCAGCAGUAUCAACACCAACAGCAGCAACAGCAGCAGCAGCAGCAGCAGCACUGCUGCUGAGUAGUCAAGAUGGAAGUGAUUCAUCUCAGGCAACUGUCCGUUUACGAAGACCAAGUGAUGAUCAACAGCAAAACUCACAAGAACAGCAGCAGCAGCAGCAGCAGCAGCAGCAGCAGCAGCAGCAGCAACAGCAGCAGCAUCAUGAUAUAUGUGGUGACAUAGAAGAUUUAGUUCCUUCUCCUCCCCCCCCCACCACCGUCACCACCGUCACCACCGUCACCACCCCCACCAUCAGCAGCACCACCAGCAUCAGCAGCAGCAGCAGCAUCAGCAGCAGCAGCAGCAGCAGCAGCAGCAGCAGGAGUAUAAUACCAAUAAUAAUAAAGAAUGGUAUAUUAUCUCCAACAGAUAUUUCAUCACAAGUUUGGCAUACAGAGGCUGUAGGGGUACGUACUAUUGCUGCUGCUGCUGCUGCUGCUGCUGCUGCUGCUGAUGAUGAUGAUGAUGAUGAUGAUGAUGAUGAUGAUGAUGAUGUUGCUGAUGCUGCUGAUGGUGCUGAUGGUGCUGCUGCUGCUGCUGCUGCUCGUGGUAAUGUCGCUCCUGAUGCUGGCUGGUUGUCGGGAUAG